UCUUGUAGAUAAGGUAACACCCUGGACAUGGCCUCAGAGAUUCACAUGCCAGGCCCAGUGUGCCUCAUUGAGAACAUUAAUAAAAAACUAGUGGCUAAUCAAGAAGCUUUGAAGAUCUUGUCAGCCAUUAAUCAGCCUCUCAUGGUGGUGGCUAUUGUGGGUCUCUACCGCACAGGUAAAUCCUACCUGAUGAACAAAUUGGCUGGGAAGAAAAAGGGUUUCUCUCUGGGCUCUACAGUGCAGUCUCACACCAAGGGAAUCUGGAUGUGGUGUGUGCCUCAUCCUGAGAAGCCAAAUCACACCCUAGUUCUGCUUGACACUGAGGGACUAGGAGAUGUAGAGAAGGGUGACAACCAGAAUGAUUCCUGGAUCUUCGCCUUAGCCGUCCUCCUGAGCAGCACUUUCAUAUACAAUAGUAUGGGAACCAUCAACCAGCAGGCCAUGGACCAACUGCAUUAUGUGACAGAGCUGACAGAACGAAUCCGGUCAAAAUCCUCACCUGAUACGAGUGAGGUUGAGGAUUCAGCUGACUUUGUGAGCUUCUUUCCAGACUUUGUAUGGGCUCUGAGAGAUUUCACCCUGGAUUUGGAAAUAAAUGGACAAUCCAUCACAGCAGACCAGUACCUGGAGAAUUCCCUAAAACUAAAUCCAGGUACCAGUCAAAAAGAUAAAAAAUUUAACCUGCCUCGACUCUGUAUCCGGAAGUUCUUCCCAAGGAAGAAAUGCUUCAUUUUUGAUCAGCCCGUCCAUCGGAAAAAGCUUAGCCAGCUAGAGAAACUGCAUGAUGAUGAGUUGGAUCCUGACUUUGUGCAACAAGUUACAGUCUUCUGUUCCUACAUCUUCAGCCAUUCCAAGAUUAAGACUCUUUCAAGAGACAUCAAGGUCAAUGGACCUCGUCUAGAGAACCUAGUGCUGACCUAUGUCAAUGCCAUCAGCAGUGGUGCUCUGCCCUGCAUGGAGAAUGCAGUCCUGGCUAUGGCACAGAUAGAGAACACAGCUGCAGUACAAAUCGCUCUCACCCACUAUGACCAGCAGAUGAGCCAGAAGAUGCAGCUGCCCACAGAAACCCUUCAGGAACUGCUGGACUUGCACAGGGCCACUGAGAAAGAAGCCAUCCAAGCCUUCAUCAAGAAUUCAUUUAAAGAUGUAGACCAUUUAUUUCAAAAGACAUUAGCGGCUCAGCUGGAUAAAAAGCGGGAUGACUUUUGUAAGCAGAAUCUUCAAGUAUCAUCGGAUCGUUGCUCAGCUUUACUUCAGAAUAUUUUCAGUCCUCUAGAAGAAGAAGUGAGGAAGGGAAUUUAUUCUAAAUCAGGGGGAUAUCAUCUCUUCAUUCAGAAGAUACAAGAGUUGAAGAAAACAUACUUAGAGCAACCUAGGAAAGGGAUACAGGCUGAAGAGAUUCUGCAGAAAUACUUGAUUUCCAAGGAGUCUAUGAUGGAUGCAAUUCUACAGACAGAUCAGACUCUUACAGAAAAGGAAAAGGAGAUUGAAGUGGAACGUGUGAAAGCUGAAUCUGCACAGGCUUCUGCAAAAAUGUUGGAGGAAAUGCAAAUAAAGAAUCAGCAGAUGAUAGAACAGAAGGAAAGGAGUUACCAGGAACAUGUGAAACAAUUGACAGAGAAGAUGGAGCAAUAUAGGGCCCAUUUGCUAGAAGAGCAAAAAAGGACUCUAGCUUUUAAACUUGAGGAACAGGCUCAACUCCUCAAGGAAGGAUUCCAAGAUGAGAGCAGACGACUUCAUAAAGAGAUACAGAAUAUCCGGAAGAGUAUGGAGCCACCAAAGAAGAGAUGUAUCAUAAGCUAG